AAAUCUGCUUUCCUGAUCUUUUCCGUCUCCGGUUAAAUUUAAAAUCAAUAACWCCUCCAUUCAUUUCUAAGGGUUUUUUUUCGGAGUCAAACUUGUACAUGCAAGCAAAAUAACCUUAUAAUUUCUGGACGGUGUUUUGGUCUGUCAUAUUGUCAGCUAUGCUUACUGYUGUAAAGGGAGUUCCAACCCUUUCUUCUCGAGUUGGUAGCCUUUUCAAAUCAUUAAAUUUGAAAGWAAGUCACUCRGUGAGGCUUGCAGCUACACGGAGGAUUUUUACUGCAACUACAGCGUAUUUCAGAAUGACAGAAGAAAAAAGGGUCAACAAAAUUCCUACUAUUCGUGGUACGGAUAUUAUGUACGACAGCCGCUUGAAUAAGGGUCUUGCAUUCACACUCCAAGAAAGGCAAAUCCUUGGCAUUCAAGGAUUGCUGCCGCCCUACGUKUCGGAUCAGGAUACCCAAGCCAAGCGAGUUUAUGCAGAGUUGCAUAGAAAAACAAGUGAUUUGGAGAAGUACAUUCAGCUUAUGGCCUUGCUGGAAAGGAAUGAAGCCUUAUUCUUCAGAGUAUUAUUUGACCACACAGAAGAAAUAAUGCCGAUAGURUACACUCCGACAGUAGGGCUGGCUUGUCAGAAAUAUGGAAUGAUAUUCCGACGACCAAGAGGGCUGUUUGUCUCUAUCUAUGACAAAGGGCAUGUUAAUGAAAUUGUUGCUAAUUGGCCCAUACAAGAUGUUAAGGCCAUUGUCAUGACUGAUGGAGAACGUAUUCUUGGUCUGGGUGACCUUGGUUGCUGUGGCAUGGGUAUUCCUGUGGGAAAGCUWGCUUUGUACACUGUUUGUGGAGGUAUUAACCCCAGAAGUUGUCUGCCUGUCAUGAUAGAUGUUGGCACCAAUAACCAGUCCCUGCUUGACGAUCCCUUUUACAUCGGAGUCCGGCAGAAGUGUGACAACUCUGAAGCAUAUGAUGAACUCAUUGAUGAGUUUAUCCAAGCUGCUUUACAAAGAUUUGGUCCAACAACAUUGAUUCAGUUUGAAGACUUUGGCAACCACAAUGCUUUUAGAUUACUUGAGAAGUAUCGGAACAAGAUCUGCACUUUUAAUGAUGACAUCCAAGGAACUGCAGCUGUUGCUGUUGCUGGAAUCCUUGCCUCCCUAAAAAUCACCAAAACAAAACUUUCAGAUCAGCAAAUAGUCUUUCAAGGUGCUGGUGAGGCUGCCAUUGGCAUUGCAAACUUGUUAGUGCGUGCGAUGAAGAAAGAAGGGCUGUCAGAAGAAGAAGCAAAAAUGAAAAUCUGGCUGGUUGACUCAAAGGGACUCGUAGUUAAGGACCGCGCAGUGGGUGGUUUGAAUGCACACAAACUGGUGUAUGCCCACCAAACAAAAUAUAUCGAUAACAUGACGGAUGUAAUCAAGGAAGUCAAGCCAACUGCUAUAAUAGGUGUUGCUGCUGUACCUGGAGCCUUCACAGAAGAGAUCUGCAGGRACAUGGCUUCAUUUAACAAGCGUCCUAUCAUCUUUGCCUUGAGYAAUCCAACAUCAAAAGCAGAGUGUCAAGCAGUAGAUGCCUAUACAUGGACUGAUCAGGGCAACAAUUCCUAUAUAUUCCCAGGACUGGCUUUGGGAGUGAUUGCAUGCGAGGCGGUUCAUAUCACAGACAGUAUGUUCCUUACUGCAGCUGAAUCCCUGGCAGAUCAAGUGACGCAGACGCAGCUUGACAAAGGUUCCCUCUACCCUCCCCUGGGUGAGAUCCGUCAAGUCUCCAUCAAAGUAGCAACGAAAGUAGCCGAGACGGCUUAUCGGGAGGGGCUGGCUUCUGAACUAYCGGAACCGGAAGACAAGGAGGAAUUGGUCAAACAGCAUGUCUAUGACCCCAGCUACAUGUCUUACAUCCCGUUGACCUAUGAAUACCCCACAUCCCAAGGUCCUAAAAUAUAAAAACUCUAAUCGGCAAUGAGCUUUUAUCGGGUAUUUUUAAACUAUCAAAACAGAAAAAUAACUACUAUAGCUGGAAAGAGCRUAUUAAAAUCAAUCAAACUGUGAAGUUUAAAGGAAACGAGCUUAAGACUUGCGAAGAUUAUUUUUCUGUCCAAUUCGUCAUCUUGGGAUUACUUGAUAAAAGCUUAUUCAACACGGAUUUUAGUCACUUUGUUCAAAAGUAUUUUUUUAGCGAAUUCUAAAAUAAUUUUAUUA